AUGCCGCUUUCCGAACAAGCCAACACGAGUCGUGGAAACGCCAUCUACAUCAUCGCCGGCGGCAGAGGAACGAUCUUCCGUGUCUACGUCGCUGAUCUCGGUCUUCGCGAUGCUUCAGUAGCAGACGUCCAGCCGCCACUCAUCAACCUACCUUACACAUUUCCCAAGAAUGUCUCACGUAUCGCGGACGAUUUUCUCACCAACGAGGAGCUCAAGAUCACCUCGUUUGAUGCGCCAGAGUUGGUCCGGCUGAUACGGGAGAAGUCCUACACCUGUGAGGCUGUAACUCGAGCUUUCUUGCGCCGAGCUGCACUGGCACAGAAAGUUGUUAAUUGCAUCACCGAACUCCUUCCCGAGAGGACUAUUGCCCGGGCGAGAUAUCUCGAUUCUCUCCCUGAGCCGUUGGACCACUUCAUGGCCUUCCGAUAUCAGUCAAGGAACACCAGGGCAUGA